AUGGGAUCAGCCAAGCUCCCAGCAUCCGAGUACGAAGUUGCUGUCUCCUCAGACGAGGGUUUGGGCGGACUAUUCUACCAGCAGAUGCUGGAGGACCCUUCCGCCCUGGCAAUUAUUGACGAGGACGGCAGGCGUCUGACUUACGGAGCCCUUCAUCGGGCAGCCCUGAUAUUGGCGCAAGGUCUCCACGAACAAGAUUUUGUGGCCGAAGAACCUGUUGGCAUUCUUGUCCACCAUGGACUCUGGGAUGCCGUGACCCAGGUGGCCAUUAUCUACGCCGGAGGAACCUGUGUACCUCUGAACCCCCUCUUGCCCGAUCAACAAAUCAUCAGUCGCCUACAACGGCUGGGCGCUCGUUACAUCAUUGUAGAUGAACCCAACAGCACGCGGGCGCUCCCAUUUGAUCUCCUCGCAACCGGCGAAUUUCCCCCAAGCGACGACAAGCUAGCAGAUACAAAGGACAGCUCUCUUCCCGUGGCCACAAGUUUGGGGCAUUGCACUCACCUUAUCCAUACAUCCGGCACAACCAGUGAACCAAAGGCUGUGCAGGUUAGAGGUGCCUCUAUCCUCCAUGUGUCACACCACGCCCCUUAUGAUCCCGUCCAGAAAACAGACGUCGUGGGCCACGGCAACAGCACGAGCUUUGACGUGGCUCUCUUCGAUAUCUGGGGGGCGCUCAUUCGCGGUGCAGCGAUUGGCGUACUCAACAAAUCGACGCUACUAGAUAUAUCCAAUCUGGGAACGGUCAUCCGUCAGCUCGGCAUUACCAUCAUGGCUAUCACAACGCCAUUGGUAAACUUGGUGGCGACCACCGCUCCAGCAACUUUCGCACCUCUUCGAGUGAUCCUGAUGGGCGGAGAAGCGGUCAACCUUGUCGCCAUGAAGGCAAUCCUGGAGGCGGGGCCCCCGCAGCAUCUCAUGAACGCUUAUGGACCUACGGAAUGCUGCGUCUAUUGCCUGGCCCAUGAGAUCACUAUGGCAGACAUAGAUGCGGGUAGCGUUAGCAUUGGCAAGCCUAUUGGUCACAAUGUUUGCUGUGUGUGUAACGAUGGAGGCCAAAUUGUCCCUGAUGGCGAAGAAGGCGAGUUGCUGGUGGGGGGACCAGGCGUGUCGAUUGGUUACGUUAAUCAGCCUGACAAGGAUUCUCAAGCAUUCACCUUUGUCGAUGGCAUGGAGAACCCCGACACUGGUGAGCCCUACCGUAUGUAUCGAACCGGAGACAUAGUACGACGCCGAAGUGACGGCCAGCAUGAUUUCCUUGGGCGUCGGGAUCACCAGGUGAAAAUCCGUGGAUUCCGAAUCGAGCUCAGCGCCGUUGAUGCGGCAGUCAUGAACACAGGCCAUUUCUCGAAUGGGUUUGCCAUGCGGAUAGAUGAAAAGGAGGAAGGGUCUGGAGCGACCCUCGUGGCAUUCGUCGUUCUUCAGCCAACCGCUGGACCUCACGCCGUGUCAGACGCGUUGAAAACGCUACGGGCAACACUACCGGAUUAUAUGGUACCACACAUUGAGGUGGUUGCCGAUUUACCGCUCAAUGCCCACGCUAAGGUGGACCGCCGGAAGCUGAAUGAAAUGUACCACAAGCGGGCUAAGCAUUUGCGUGACACGUGUGGCGAUGCGAGGUUGAGCACAAGGGCCCACGUCGUCGGGCUAUGGACAACCAUAUUGGCCACCCCAGUUCCUCACUACUCGGAUGACGAUGACUUCUUCGAACAUGGAGCCACUUCCCUUCAGGCAUCGUUGUUGAUAAGUCGCAUCCGCCAGCAACUCAAAACCGAGAUCUCCCUACUCACACUCUAUGAGAACUCAACUCUGGGAAAGCUAGUUUCUAUCAUUGAUUCCAAUCAAGGGGCCUCUAUGCCAACGAUCCGUAACGAGCGUGACACUUGGGUAGCCGAUACCUUGCUUGGGGAUGACCUACCGCUUCCAACUGGACUGGUCGUUGAUUGGCGCCUAGAUACCGAAGGCCGAGUGUUCCUGACGGGUGCAACUGGCUUUUUGGGAUCUUAUUUGCUGGCCCAUUUGCUGGGUAUACCAGGUGUGCAUCAGGUUGGCUGUCUGGUGCGCGCGGCUGAUCCCGUCACGGGUCGGGAGCGUUUGAAGGCAGCAUUGGUCAAAUACAGUCUCUGGCAAGAUGCCUUUCUAACAAAGCUUUUACCUCUUUGCGGUCAGCUAGAAUGUCAUUGGCUGGGCCUAGGCAAACAAAGAUUUGAGCAGAUUGCAGACUGGGCCAGUGUCAUUUUCCAUCUCGGGGCUAAGGUCAACUACACCCAGCCAUACUCGCUCCACCGUUCGGCUAACAUCAUUGGCACGGUGAAUGUAGCUCGGUUGGCCACUACUGGCCGCCUUAAGGGCAUGCAUUACUGCUCCAGCAUCUCCUGCUUUGGCCCUACAGGCUUCGUGACUGGCGCCAAAAUCGUCUACGAGGAUGAGCCUCUCCUACCACAUGUCGACGCCCUUACGUUCGACCAUGGAUACGCUCAAAGCCAAUGGGCCGCCGACGAACUGCUCCAGCGUCUCAUUGGCCGUGGUUACCCUAUCACCGUAUAUCGGCCGGGCUUCAUCACAGGGGACCAGAAAACUGGCGCGUGCAACCCAGAUGACUUUUUUAGCCGGUUGAUUCGCGCCAGCUUAGAAUUGGGUUGCUACCCCCAUCUGCCAAACCAGCGCAAAGAAUUCAUUACUGUCGGCUACGUGGUGAAUGCGAUGCUCCAUAUCGCAUCCAACAUCUUUGCCUCUGGUCAUGCCUUUCAUUUGCUACCUCAUCGCGAUGCUUCCAUUGGUAUGGACGAUGUCAUGGCGCUACUUGGGAAGACACAAGGCGCUUCCAUUCAGCGCGUAAGCUACGGGGAGUGGAUCGAGCGGCUCUUAUCUAGUGCAAAUGUCUCCCUGCAGCCUUUAAUUCCGAUGCUGGCGGAGAAGGUGCAUCAGGGAUUAACUCGAUGGGAGCUGUAUGAGAAUAUGCCCACAUAUGACAACACUAACACUAUGCGGGCUCUGGAAAACUAUCCUGGUGGCUUGGAAUGCCCAGUAUUUGACUGCGAACUAAUGAAGAAAUAUGUUAAUUACUUGGUUGGACGUUGA